AUGUUUAGAUCAUUAAUAAGAUCGGUGGCAAAAUUACCGGCACCGAGACUUUUGUCUGCGGUCAGGCCGACGUUCAGGCCAACCUUGAUGCAAUCACCAAUACAAUGGAAGCUCCAACCUGUUUCGAACUUCAGUUCAACGUCACAAGUGCUGGCUACCUUGAACCAAACCAAAAAAGGCAGAGGUAAAAAGAAGACGCCCAAAAGACCCACAGACUCGCCUGAUCUGAUGGCCUGUCCAGUGAGGAAGGGAGUUGUGGUGAGAGUCAUGAUCAAAAAGCCGAAGAAGCCAAACUCUGCUCAGCGUAAAGUGGCGAGAGUGAGGCUAUCGAAUGGAAACAUGGUUUAUGCUUACAUACCGGGUGAGGGCCACAAUGCCCAGGAACAUAGCGUGGUGCUGGUGAGAGGAGGAAGAGUGCAGGACUUGCCUGGUGUUAAAUACCAUUUGGUCAGAGGCCCAUUGGAUUUAAGCGGGGUUGCCAACCGUGGAACCUCCAGGUCGAAAUAUGGAGUUAAAAAGCCCGCGAAGGCUACGUGA